CAACAGUGAGCUCAGAGACUUUAGGGAGGCGCUGCGACUGACAAGCGGCUCUGCCCGGGACCUUCUCGCUUUCAUCUAGCGCUGCACUCAAUGGAGGGGCGGGCACCGCAGUGCUUAAUGCUGUCUAACUAGUGUAGGAAAACGGCUCAACCCACCGCUGCCGAAAUGAAGUAUAAGAAUCUUAUGGCAAGGGCCUUAUAUGACAAUGUCCCAGAGUGUGCCGAGGAACUGGCCUUUCGCAAGGGAGACAUCCUGACCAUCAUAGAGCAGAACACAGGGGGACUGGAAGGAUGGUGGCUAUGCUCCUUACACGGUCGGCAAGGCAUUGUCCCAGGCAACCGGGUGAAGCUCCUGAUUGGUCCCAUGCAGGAGACUGCCUCCAGUCAUGACCAGCCUGCCUCUGGACUGAUGCAGCAGACCUUUGGCCAACAGAAGCUCUAUCAAGUGCCAAACCCACAGGCUGCUCCCCGAGACACCAUCUACCAAGUGCCACCUUCCUACCAAAAUCAGGGAAUUUACCAAGUCCCCACUGGCCACGGCACCCAAGAACAAGAGGUAUAUCAGGUGCCACCAUCAGUGCAGAGAAGCAUUGGGGGAACCAGUGGGCCCCACGUGGGUAAAAAGGUGAUAACCCCCGUGAGGACAGGCCAUGGCUACGUAUACGAGUACCCGUCCAGAUACCAAAAGGACGUCUAUGAUAUCCCUCCUUCCCAGACCACUCAAGGGGUAUACGACAUCCCUCCCUCAUCAGCGAAAGGCCCUGUGUUUUCAGUUCCAGUGGGAGAGAUAAAACCUCAAGGGGUGUAUGACAUCCCGCCUACAAAAGGGGUAUAUGCCAUUCCGCCCUCUGCUUGCCGGGAUGAAGCAGGGCUUAGGGAAAAAGACUAUGACUUCCCCCCUCCCAUGAGACAAGCUGGAAGGCUGGACCUCAGACCUGAGGGAGUUUAUGACAUUCCCCCAACCAGCACCAAGCCAGCAGGGAAGGACCUUCAUGUAAAAUACAACUGUGACAUUCCAGGAGCUGCAGAACCGGUGGCUCGAAGGCACCAGAGCCUGUGCCCGAAUCACCCAACCCCGCAACGGGGACAGUCAGUGGGCUCUCAGAACGAUGCAUAUGAUGUCCCCCGAGGCGUUCAGUUUCUUGAGCCACCAGCAGAAACCAGUGAGAAAGCAAACCCCCAAGAAAGGGAUGGUGUUUAUGAUGUCCCCCUGCAUAACCCGCCAGAUGCUAAAGGCUCUCGGGACUUGGUGGAUGGGAUCAACCGACUGUCCUUCUCCAGUACGGGCAGCACCCGGAGUAACAUGUCCACGUCUUCCACCUCCUCCAAGGAGUCCUCACUGUCAGCCUCCCCAGCUCAGGACAAAAGGCUCUUACUGGAUCCAGACACAGCUAUUGAGAGGCUUCAGCGGCUCCAGCAGGCCCUGGAGAUGGGUGUCUCCAGCCUAAUGGCACUGGUCACCACCGACUGGCGGUGUUACGGAUAUAUGGAAAGACACAUAAAUGAGAUACGCACGGCAGUGGACAAGGUGGAGCUGUUGCUGAAGGAGUACCUCCCCUUCGUCAAGGGAGCUGUUGCAAAUGCUGCCUGUCUCCCGGAACUCGUCCUCCACAACAAGAUGAAGCGGGAGCUGCAACGAGUCGAAGACUCCUACCAGAUCCUGAGUCAGACCAGCCACGACUUAAAUGAGUGCAGCUGGUCCCUGAAUAUCCUGGCCAUCAACAAGCCCCAGAACAAGUGUGAUGAUCUGGACCGGUUUGUGAUGGUGGCAAAGACGGUGCCCGAUGACGCCAAGCAGCUCACCACAACCAUCAACACCAACGCAGAGGCCCUCUUCAGACCAGGCCCUGGCAGCUUGCAUCUGAAGAACGGGCCGGAGAGCAUCAUGAACUCAACAGAGUACCCACACGGUGGUUCCCAGGGGCAGCUGCUGCAUCCUGGGGACCACAAGGCCCAGGCCCACAAGGCACUGCCCCCAGGCCUGAGCAAGGAGCAGGCCCCUGACUGUAGCAGCAGUGAUGGUUCUGAGAGGAGCUGGAUGGAUGACUACGAUUAUGUCCACCUACAGGGUAAGGAGGAGUUUGAGAGACAACAGAAAGAGCUAUUGGAAAAAGAGAAUAUCAUGAAACAGAACAAGAUGCAGCUGGAACAUCAUCAGCUGAGCCAGUUCCAGCUGUUGGAACAAGAGAUUACAAAGCCCGUGGAGAAUGACAUCUCGAAGUGGAAGCCCUCUCAGAGCCUACCCACCACAAACAGCGGCGUGAGUGCGCAAGAUCGGCAGUUGCUGUGCUUCUACUAUGACCAAUGUGAGACCCAUUUCAUUUCCCUUCUCAACGCCAUUGACGCACUCUUCAGUUGUGUCAGCUCAGCCCAGCCCCCGCGAAUCUUCGUGGCACACAGCAAGUUUGUCAUCCUCAGUGCACACAAACUGGUGUUCAUUGGAGACACGCUGACACGGCAGGUGACUGCCCAGGACAUUCGCAACAAAGUGAUGAACUCCAGCAACCAGCUCUGUGAACAGCUCAAGACUAUAGUCAUGGCAACCAAGAUGGCCGCCCUCCAUUACCCCAGCACCACGGCCCUGCAGGAAAUGGUGCACCAAGUGACAGACCUUUCUAGAAAUGCCCAGCUGUUCAAGCGCUCUUUGCUGGAGAUGGCAACGUUCUGAGAAGAAAAAAAAGAGGAAGGGGACUGCGUCAAUGGUUACUAUGGAAAACUGGAAAUACUAUCUGGUUUUUGUAAAUGUUAUCUAUUUUUGUAGAUAUUUUAUAUAAAAAUGAAAUAUUUUAACAUUUUAUGGGUUAGACAACUUUCCGAAAUUCAGGGAGCUGGAGAGGGAAAUCUUUUUUUUUUCCCCUGAGUGGUUCUUAUGUAUACAUAGAAGUAUCUGAGACAUAAACUGUACAGAAACUUGUCCACGUGCUUUUGUAUGCCUGUGUAUUCAUGUUUGUUUGUAGAUGUUUGUCUGAUACAUUUCAUUAAAAAAAAAAAAAAACAUGAAUUAAGAAGCACCUUA